AGAACCCGAACCUGUGCGUGCGCGCGCUUCAUAAACAGGGCGAGUUUCGCGGCCGCGGGUUCCGUCCCGACUCCGUGCGAUGUCGGAGGGUCUCGUUACGGUCCUCGGACCUUCACCGUCAGCGUUCGACCCCGAGCGGCCGAGCUACGAGGCUCUGAAGCGACUGUACUGCAGGAACGGAGGGCAGUUUUUGCGCGUGCUGCCCGGCGGGGGGGUGGAGGGCACCAGGCAGGAGGGCGACCCCUACACCGUGUUGAAGGUGAAAGCGGUGAGUGCAGGUGUGGUGAUCAUCAGAGGUCACGAGGCCGGGCGUUACCUGGCCAUGGACAGAAGCGGAAAGAUUUACGGCACAUCCACGCUGAAUGACGAGUGCUACUUCACUGAGAAGAUGGAGGAGAACCACUACAACACCUACAGUUCACACAAACAUCGGGAGCACGGCGUCUGGUACGUGGGCAUCAAGAAAAACGGGCAAAUGAAAACAGGCCCAAAGACCCACAGGGGCCAGAAUGCCGUCUUCUUCCUGCCUCUUCCAGCACGCUGAGCGCUGAUGUCUCGUCGAAUUCUUCAUCUCUGACGUCUGAUUAAUGAACACAAACAAACACAAAUAAGACUUUAGAGCCGCGAUUCUCAGAGUUGAGGUCUGGCACCCUUUGUGUUCUAAAGCUGUAGAUUAGGAGUUCAUU